CGGGCCACCGCAGCGGCGGCCGGAGCAGCAGGGGCAGCAAGAGUCCGCCUCUAUGAUGAAGUUCAAGCCCAACCAGACGCGGACCUACGACCGCGAGGGCUUCAAGAAGCGGGCGGCGUGCCUGUGCUUCCGGAGUGAGCAGGAGGACGAGGUGCUGUUGGUGAGCAGCAGUCGGUACCCAGACCAAUGGAUUGUCCCAGGAGGAGGAAUGGAGCCUGAGGAGGAACCUUGGGGUGCUGCCGUGAGGGAGGUUUAUGAAGAGGCUGGAGUCAAAGGAAAAUUAGGCAGACUACUGGGUAUAUUUGAGCAGAACCAAGACCGAAAGCAUAGAACAUAUGUUUAUGUUCUUACUGUCACUGAAAUAUUAGAAGAUUGGGAAGAUUCUGUUAAUAUAGGAAGGAAGAGAGAGUGGUUCAAAGUAGAAGAUGCCAUCAAAGUUCUCCAGUGUCAUAAGCCUGUACAUGCAGAGUACUUGGAAAAACUAAAGUUGGGUUGUUCUCCGUCCAAUGGAAAUUCCACAGUCCCUUCCCUUCCGGAUAACAACACCUUGUUUGUAACUGCCGCACAGACCUCUGGCUUGCCGUCUAGCCUAAGAUAGAAUGGGGAGGACCUCUCCCACCAUGCGCUAUCUCACGGGGAGAGGCUUCUUUAUUUUCCUUAGCAAACAUCUGAAUGACGUUUGCAAACUGUCUGAAUUUGCCAUGCAGGGUUUUCAAACAAUUUGCAUGUUUUUCAGAUGCUUUCAGAUCUUUUUUUUUAAUAGUGUAAAAUAUUUUAAUAAGCCAAAGCCAUGUGGAAUUUUUUUUAGAUGCCUUAACUGCUCCCCCUGCUCCAUCCCACUCUCUGUAUGUUUUGGUCGUCAUUUUUUUCACAGCAUUUUUUAGAUUUUUGUCCAUUUGAUGUCAGUCUGUAUUUUUUUCAGAUCAACUCGUGGGGAUAUUUCACCCCUAAAUUGUUCCUCAUUCACAGCAUUAACAUAUUUAACAAAUUCUUCUGUUCUGGGAAUUUAUAAAAAUAAUUAUUGGUAUUAAAAAACUAUCCAUCCAAAAACUUGUUUCAUAGGAUCACAAUUUUAAUUCAUAAAUUCCAGAUUUGGCCUAUUUUCUGUAAGUUCCAAUAACCAUUUGACAAAGGACUUAAUUUGCUGUUUUCAAGAAUUUAUGAACUCAUUUGUCUUACAACUAGUAUUAUGUCACUAGCUACCUGAUAUAUCCAAUUUCCCUGUAACUCAAUAGUCCUUUUACACAAAAUUUUAACUUUAUAGAGUUGGCAAUUUUUAAGAAGUUGUAGUGUAAGCAAAACGCAUGUAGCAAAUACAUCUCAUGAAAACUUUAUUCAUGGAAUUUGAGUUAGCAGGCUCAGUUGCCAGUUUACUUUAUCCAUAAUCUCUCUUUACGCAGACUGAGAACUGUAUUUUCCUCAGUGUAAAUUGCUUUUAAAAAUGUAUUUCCAGUUUUUGAAUUUAGUGACACCUCUUCAGUUAAAUUUGCUGGUUACCAAUAACCACAGAUAGGAUUGGAGUUUAACCUCAAAUGCCAGUCAGUGAUGACUGCAUCACAUUCAAAAUGGCCUUGCUGUUCAGCUGUUACAGACUUAGGUUGUUAGGGCGCCUUAGGUUGUCUUGUCUUCUAUAGGUUGUCAGUAGGUACUAUUUAUCAUAUAACUUAACUUUUGGGGCACUGGAACAUAGCUGAAUUAAGAAUGAUUUUAUCUUAUGUUUGUCUUUAUACUUAUCAAAAUCAAGAAACCUAUCUAAAAUACAUGUAGGUACCUUCUCUGAAACUCCUAUUCUUCCCUUAACAGGUGAAAAAUGAAGUGAGAGGAAAAACGUUUGAAUAAGAUGUGGAGUGGGGGACGGGGACAAGGACAACAUCAUUCUAUAUGUAGACAUUAGCUUCUUGUAAAUAUUGUAACUGGUGAAUAUAAAGUAGAAAAUAAGUAUAGUUAUAAUACAUUUGUUCUAAUUGUUAACCUUUAAAAUAUAAUUGCUGCUAAAAAUAGUGCUGUUACACUUAAGGAAAAUUGGUGCCACUGUUUUAAAAAUGAGAUCUUGUGCCAUAAAAUGCAGCUGAACUAAAUAUAAACAUUGAUUCACAAUUAAUGCUGUCAAAGGAAUGAGUAAUUUAACCAGUGACAUUUCAUUCUAAAUUAUGUAGUAUAAUCAAACAUCGUCCAGAAUUUUUAUAUUUUUCUUUGUACAGAGGUUAUGUAUUCUGGGUGUUUUUUAAAAAAGAAAACAUUUUAAAUCCCACAGAUUGACACUUUUCUAUCAAUCUUCAAUGGACUAAGAUUUUUUUCUCAUUAGUCUCUGAAGUUCCUUUAAAUUACGUACUUAACACAGCAGAGAAACUGGAUUGUUUUUGUAUAUAAGACUGCGUCCACCUGAAAUGCUGUCACAAGUACUUGGGGUGGGGAGAGGUAUAUUGUACAUGACAUUUUUAGAGUUAAUAAUGCAUGAACUUAUUUUAUAAACUCUUAGACUAUGUAUUUGACCUGUAAAAUAUGUACAGUAUUAAUGUCAGCCAUCUCUUAAAAGUGAGCCUAUAAAUAUUGUAUAAUUUUCUUUGGUCAGAAACAUUUAGACAAAUUAGUGCCACUGAGUUGGAAUUUUCUUCAGUGCCAUUUAGCAAACCAACUGUCUUUAGUCUAUGCAACUAGCAAAACUUGGUAUAAUGCAGCAGAAUACUUUACAGUUGUUACCGUUUUCACACUUUAGAUUUCAAAGGAUGGUUUCUUCACUAUUCUGAAACCCAGUCUAGCAAAAUUAGAGGGAAGGCCCUAAUGAAAUUUCUAUUAAGAGAAAAAGCCUACAUUUUCAGGCUCAAAAGUUAAAUGCUACAGAUAACAAAGUGUCUGUCUCAGAGCUCCAAAGUUUACAGAAUGUUGGGACUGUUAUUGUGCUUUCUGUGGGGUAGUUGGAUAAAAUUGGGCAGCUAAAAUUUGCAGUCCCGUGUGCCUCCUAAAUAAAAAAAAGUAGCAACUAUCCUGCAUGUUCGUUGUUGGUUUUUUUGUCUUUUGUAAACAGGUGAAAUUUUUCAGCCAGGCACAUGCCAUUCAGUUUUCCAUUGUUGAUCACACAGUUGUAUAAUGAAGCAAAAGUGAGGGGGUGGGGGUGGGGGUGAUGGUGAUUGUUGUAUACACUUUGAAUUGCUUUGCAUGGUCUUAUUUGAGAUAAUUGGUGUAAGAAUCUUGACUUUUUAUAUAUAUAUAUUUGGAAACAGCAAAUAAAAAUGGAAAUAAA